AUGAAAGUAAAAGAAAAAAUGGUUUUGCCCGUUUCGGCUUAUGCUCUUUUCUUUCGAGAUACUCAGGCAGCAAUCAAAGGUCAAAAUCCGAAUGCAAGUUUCGGUGAAGUUUCGAAAAUUGUCGCGUCCAUGUGGGACGCACUCGACGCGGAUUCGAAAAAUGUAAGUUUUAAUAAAUAA